CAUUCGUUCGAUAGGACAUUGGCGACGGUCGGCUUGUCCGAAAAGCAUCGUAUAAAAUUAUUACUAUAUAUUUAUUGGAACAGAUAAUUAUCAAUAACACUUUAAUUAAUACUUGGAUAAUAUAAGCAAAGUUAUUGAUAUAAUUGUAUUUGUUAUUUAAAAAAUAUAAAAAUAUUUAUAGUUCAAAACUAUUAUAAUUAUAUCCAUAAGAAAUUUAUUAAGCAUGGCUUCAUCACGUCAACGUUUCGAAAGGGAAUGCGAAGAUGGGAUAAAUAAACAAAUCAAUAUGGAAUUGUAUGCAAGUUAUGUGUAUCUAUCAAUGGCUUAUUACUUUGAUAGAGAUGAUAUUGCUUUGCCUGGUUUACAUUGGUAUUUCAAAAAAGCAUCUAACGAAGAACGUGAACAUGCAAUGAAAUUUUUGAAAUAUCUAAAUAAACGUGGUGGUCGAAUCGUGCUUACAGAUAUCAGAGCACCUGAACGACCAGAAUGGGGAACAGCUGAGGAAGCGAUGAACUCUGCGUUGAGUUUAGAAAAGAAAGUGAAUGAUAGUCUAUUGGAUCUGCAUCGUGUUGCAACAACACAUAACGAUGCGAAUUUUUGUGACUUUUUAGAAACAGAAUUUCUACAAGAACAAGUGGAUGCUAUCAAAGAAAUUGCCGAUAAUGUUACGCAAUUAAAAAGAGUUGGUGAAGGUUUAGGCGUGUUUGUUUUUGAUAAAGAAUUACAAAAAAAAGAAUAGAAUUUUAAAAAAGAAUU